AAUGUCCGAAAUCAUUACAUUACAUCCAUUGAAACCUCUCAACCGUGUCCCUUCUACUUUUGCUUCCUUCUAUUUCUUCUUCUUCUUCUUCUUCUUCGUUUUGAUCGAUCUGUAAGCCCAUUUUUCUCCUUCUCCCCCCUAUACCUCAAGUUUCAUCUCCUUGGAUCCACUUCCCCUCUUACACGUCUUUUUUAAUUUUUUUUUGGUUCUCCGGAUCUUCUUCAGCUAGACUCUGAUUUGGGCGUUUGUAGAAUGAUUUCUGAGGAUUUUUAGGGUUUCUUUACCCGCUUAUUGAAGUUUGCAUCUCCCCCGUAUGAGCAAGCGAUUGGUGGAGUUUUCUCGCCACUGCUUUUUCUCCUGUAUAUUGGUAAAAACGUCAAUAAAAUGACUGACCAAGGCUCUGUUGAUGGGAUUUUAGAGUUUCUUAGGCAGAAUCGUUUCUCCAAGGCUGAGAAAGCUCUGCGUAAUGAGCUCAAUAACCGCUCUGACAUUAAUGGCUUUCUUCAGAAACUUAAGCUGGAGGAUAAAGAUUCUAAUGAAAAGGCUGGUGGUGGUAAUGAACUUCUUCGGAGGUCAGGUUCUCGUGAUAGUGAAGAAGUCUCUAAGGAGCUGAUUGUGAAAGAGGUAGACUGUGGGACUAGCACCAAUGGUUCUGUUAUCAAGUGGGAAAAUGGUGCUGCUUCUGAGAAACCGAGCAAGAAAGAAACGGCUGUAUCUAGUGGGAUGAGCUUUACAUUCUCCGAUGAUGCUGAUGCGCAUUCCUAUAAAUUUACUUCCGGAAAUGGUACUUUGGAGCCUUAUCGAAACAUUGCUGAUAACAGCGUGGCGGAUUCAUAUGCAAUCGAACAGUCCAGGCAUGGGAAUUUGGCUGAUAUCGAUAAGAAGAUAUUAAUGCAUGCAGAAUCUAGUAAAUCAUUAUGGUCAGGCAAUCGUGAAACGGCAACCAGAGAUCGGAAGGCCGAACGUUUGAAUGCUUCAACAGCUACAGAUGAUAUGGUUGCAACUUGGAGAAGGAAAAGUAGUGAUUCAUCAAGUUCUCGAAUUUCUGUGAAAGAAAAUAAUGCAACGUCCAUAAAAUCUGUAAACUCAUCUCCUUCUUCUCUGUCUAAUUAUGCUUGCGAAGAAAGAAAGCAUGCUGAUAAAGAAGAUGAUAGAAAUGAUAGCAGUGAAAGAGAGGAUGACCAUGGGACAGCACUUGAUGAUGAAGAGGCAGUGGCUGUCCAAGAGCAAGUCAGACAAAUUAAGGCCCAAGAGAAGGAGUUUGAAACCUUUGACCUCAAAAUUGUGCAUAGAAAAAACAGAACUGGUUUCGAAGAGGAAAAGAACUUUCACGUGGUUUUAAAUUCGGUCAUUGCUGGGCGGUACCAUGUCACUGAGUACCUUGGAUCUGCAGCCUUCAGUAAAGCCAUACAAGCGCAUGAUUUGCAGACAGGAAUGGACGUCUGUAUAAAGAUUAUAAAGAACAACAAAGACUUCUUUGACCAGAGUCUUGACGAGAUAAAACUUUUGAAGUACGUCAAUAAGCAUGAUCCUGCUGACAAAUACCAUCUUCUACGGUUGUAUGAUUACUUUUACUUCCGGGAGCAUUUGCUAAUUGUAUGUGAACUUCUCAAGGCCAAUCUAUACGAAUUCCACAAAUUCAACAGAGAAUCAGGUGGUGAAGUUUACUUCACCAUGCCAAGAUUGCAGUCAAUCACUAUCCAGUGUCUCGAAUCACUUCAGUUUUUACAUGGCCUUGGACUUAUACACUGUGAUUUGAAGCCUGAGAAUAUAUUGGUGAAAAGCUAUAGCAGAUGUGAAAUAAAAGUCAUUGACCUUGGAAGUAGUUGUUUCGAGACAGAUCACCUAUGCUCCUAUGUCCAGUCAAGGUCAUAUCGAGCACCAGAAGUCAUUUUGGGACUUCCUUACGAUAAGAAGAUAGAUGUGUGGUCUCUUGGGUGCAUUUUGGCUGAGCUAUGUACAGGCAACGUUCUUUUCCAGAAUGAUUCUCCAGCCAGUUUGCUUGCAAGGGUAAUGGGAAUAGUAGGAUCUUUCGAUAGUGAAAUGCUUACCAAGGGACGUGAUUCCCACAAAUACUUCACAAAAAACAGAAUGCUCUACGAGCGGAAUCAGGAAAGCAACAGACUGGAGUAUCUAAUACCGAAAAGAACAUCGUUGAGACAUAGGCUUCCAAUGGGAGACCAAGGAUUCACAGACUUUGUGGCUCAUCUUCUUGAGAUAAACCCAAAGAAGCGUCCUUCUGCAGCAGAGGCACUGAAGCACCCUUGGCUUUCAUACCCAUACGAGCCAAUCUCUGCUUAAACAAUUGGUUUCUUACUACAAUGAAAAAUUAAACUGCAAAAACCGCAGGCAGAUUAGUGGAAAACCUUAUCUGAGGCAAGGGUUCAAACAAACCCCUUUUGGUGGGUGACAGUCACCUUAAUACAACAAGUUUGUGGCUGUCUUGUUCAGUCAAAUGUGAGAUGUAACACUUUUGUGAUAUUUUUUGGAUUAGAAUUGUAACACUUGUUGUCAUAGUUGUGAUUAUUAUCAUUCUCUUAGAACAGAUUAGUAGUAAAAAAAAAUUAAAAAUAAAAAAAACCUUUGUUUUGUAUCA